AUGAAUUCUCAGGAAGAAAUAGAUAACACAAAUAACGACAUGGGGAACUUUGAAGUCGAGCCAAGUGCUUUGAUUGACCUUGUUGAAGCCUACAGAAACAGAAAGUUUGUUGAAGACUUAACCUAUGUGGAUGAGAAAUUCAGCGACGUUGAAAAACUUGCAGACAAGUUGAAGUCUUCCUUGGACCAUGGUAUCGAAGGUAAUGACUUCCAGAAAAGAGAAGAACACUUUGGAAGCAACGAGAAAGAGCCUCCUCCAAGAAAAGGAAUCUGUAAGCUCUUCUUGGAAGCCCUUGACGAUUUAAUGCUUAAGAUACUGAUUGUGUCAGCCAUCAUCUCAAUCAUCAUCUCCAUGAUCUUUGCAGACAAUGACGAUAGACCAAUUGCUUGGGUUGAAGGAGGAGCCAUUCUUUUAGCUGUUGCAGUUGUAACUGGAGUCACUGCCUGGAAUGACUAUCAGAAAGAGAAGCAGUUCAUGAAGCUCACUGAAUACAGUGACUCGAAGAACAACUUCACAGUUCUUAGGAAUGGAGUCCAAGAAGAAAUCAACUUUGACGACAUCAAAGUUGGAGACCUAGUUGCAAUUAGAACAGGCAUGAACAUCCCUGCAGACGCUAUUCUAAUCAGAGGAACUGGUGUUACUUCUGACGAGUCAGCAAUAACCGGAGAAAAUAUCGAACUUAAGAAAGAACCUAUUGAACAGUGCAAGAUGAGGCUUGAAGAGAAACAAGAAGAGGAAAAGUUCCUCUGUAAUGCGCUUGAGCGAACUAACCACGAUAUUCCAUCUCCAAUCUUGCUGUCAGGUACCCAGAUCGAAACAGGUGAAGGUUGGUCCAUGGUCAUCGUUGUUGGUAAGGAAUCUUGUGUGGGUAAAAUCUAUGCAAAGCUGUCACAAGAAAUCGAAACCACACCACUUCAACUUAAGCUAAAUAAAAUUGCAGCAGAUAUUUGAUACCUAGGAAUGUUUUCUGCAGCCAUCACACUUAUUGUGUUAUUUGGACGAUUCUUCAUUGAGCAGUUAAUUGACGGCUGGGAUGGAGGCGACAUUGGUGACUACCUUGAAGAAUGGUUUGAGUACAUUCUCAUUGCUGUUACAAUCGUUGUGGUUGCAGUGCCAGAAGGGCUACCGCUUGCAGUUAAGAUUGCACUUGCAUACUCUGUCAGAAAUAUGCUCAAAGACCAGAACUUCGUCAAGAGACUGUCAUCAUUCGAAAUCAUGGGUGGAGCCAACAACAUUUGCUCUGACAAAACAGGCACUCUGACCAAGAAUGAAAUGGCUGUCAAAGAAAUGUGGGUGGGUGGUCUUCAAAGCCUUGACAAUGAGCUACAAGAGUACACCAUUGGAGACUACAUUCGUGACAAGAAGCAUGCAGACUUGUUCUUACAAGGACUUUCAUGUAACACCAUUGGCACAUCCAAAGAAGCCAACGCCACCGAGAAAGCCAUUUUGAAAAUGCUUGACAAGUUCGGAUGUGAUUACCAAGACUUGAGAGGCCAACAUUGCAAAGACCCUCUGACUCGGUUCCAGUUCACUUCGAGACGCAAGAAAAUGAGCACAGUCUUAACUGAAAUUGAUGAUAACGAGUUUGGCUAUGACAAGCGACUCCAUAUCAAAGGUGCUGCCGAGUACGUCCUGGCCAACUGCACACACUAUCUCAACGAGCAAGGUGAGAGAGUCGAGCUUGACCCCACCACUAAGAACCAUCUCAUCAAAGACGUUAUCAAAGGCUUUGCCGAAAGAGCCAUCAGAACAAUAUGCUGUGCAUACAGAGACUUGAAGCCUGAAGAUGGAGGCCUUGCUCAUGAUGAAGAUGCCGAAAAUGGUGUCAGUAAAGUCGUAGAAACAUUCUUGACAUGCAUUUGCAUUCUCGGAAUCAGAGAUGUCAUCCGUCCAGAAGUCCCAGGUGCUGUAGAGAAGUGUCAACAUGCAGGCAUCAGAGUCAGAAUGAUUACUGGAGACAAUCAAGACACUGCCCUUGCCAUUGCUAAAGAGUGUAACAUCAUCGUCGAAGAGAAAGAAGACUCCAUCAUGACUGGGCCUCAGUUCUAUGAACGUGUAGGAGGACUCUACUGUAAAAACUGCAAUGAAGAUUCUCCAUGUAAGUGUCCAGAAAAGAAUAUCAAAGAAGCUGUCAAAAACAAGAAAGAAUUUGCGAAGAUCCAUCAAAACCUGAGUGUGUUGGCUCGGUCUCGACCUGAAGAUAAGUACUUACUUGUCACCGGUAUCAAAGAAAUGGGAGAUGUAGUUGCAGUCAUUGGCGAUGGAAUCAACGACGCGCUAGCACUCAAGAAAGCAGAUGUUGGAUUCGCUAUGGGCGUCACUGGAGUAGAUGUGGCCAAGCAUGCUGCUGACAUCAUCCUGCUCGAUGACAAUUUCGCUUCCAUUGUACAAGCCUGCAUGUGGGGUAGAAAUAUUUAUGACAACAUCAGACGCUUCUUGCAGUUCCAGCUUUCUGUCAAUAUUGUUGCUCUGACAACUGCUUUUAUUGGAAGUUGCAUUUUGCGAGAAUCCCCUCUGCAGCCCAUCCAGUUGUUGUGGGUGAACCUGAUUAUGGACUCGCUGGGUUCACUAGCCGAAGCCACUGAGAGGCCAACCGAGAAGCUGUUGAACAGGCCACCGCAGUCUCGUGACGACUACAUCAUCUCUCACAAAAUGGUCAAGCACUUGAUCAUUAUGGGAACCUACCAGUCAAUCGUGGUCUUUGUGUUGAUAUUCUUGGGUGAGUUCUUGAUUCCUGAAGACUCUGACUACCACCCUAACACCGAUGGAAAGUACGUGUAUCCAGGCAGAGCCUACUCAUGGGACGGUAAAGACCUCUACAGAAAAUUCACUGAAUUCGAUGAUGACAAAGGCCCGAGCAGACACUACACUGUGGUCUUCAACGCCUUUGUGUUCAUGCAGAUUUUCAACAUGAUUUGAGCCAGAAAGAUCAAUGAUGAGUUCAAUAUAUUCGAGGGAAUCCAUGAGAACCCCAUUUUCUUGAUAAUCUUGGCCAUCAUCACGUUCAUUCAGAUCAUUCUGGUGCAGUUUACUCAGGAUGUAUUUCAGGUUGCAAGAAAGGGACUCCACUGGCAUCAAUGGAUCCUGUGUAUUGGAAUAGGACUGACAGUGUUCCCAGUCAAUUUUAUUACAAAGCUUUUACCAGACAGAUUCUUCCCUGAACUUGGUAAGAAGAAGACAAAGAAGGUUCACAACAUGACUGCCGGAAGAGACCCUGAAGAUAUUAACGAUCCUGAAGAGCAAGACGAAAUUAUGCUGGAAAGGAACAACAACUAGAAACCUGAAUAUUUCCUCAUAUUUUAAGUUAAAUUGACUAUCAGGUCGCCUUAUUUUCC